UUUUGAAAUUAUUUGUAUUUAAUUAUGGAAUGAAAACGAUUUAUUAUGUUCAUCGAUUAUUGAAAUCAUUAGAAACUCGACUCGACUGUUUUAUUUGCGAUGUCAAAAUAUCUGAAUUAAGAGGUCUGCCCGUAUCCCAUCAGUACAGACCAACAGUGAGAAGUUCCAGUAAGAAGUUAUUUGUAGGAAGUUCUUCCAUUGCUCCAAUACUGUUUUGCACGCUGAUUUAAAGGUUCAAACGCUGUUCUAAACGUUUUUGGUUAAACGCUGAAAGUUAUUGAUGGAUGUUGAUGUGGAAGAAAUUGACGAGGCUUGGAAAGAAGAGGAACAGUUGGUUGUGGUUCAUCUCUCAGGAAUCAUUGAUACAGAUUAUUUAAAAAAGUGUGACCCAUCCAAUUGUAAAAUUCUGGGCAUUGAUACGGAUGAACCUGCAAUGCAGAUUGACCAAAUGGUUUUCACUGGAAAUUAUAAGGAAUCCAUUGGGUCGAACAUUAUUUUUGAAGAGCAAGAAAGCACUGCGGCUGAUGGGGAAUUGCUGACAGAUUUCAAAUACAUGUCCCAUACAACGAAAACCCUUGAAAUGAAUCGAGUGUUUCUGAAAGGAAUUCAAACAGAAUCGAGGGAUACUAAUAGUGGUGAAGUAUUAAACGAUGUUCAAACUGGUUUCGUCGACCUAAACGAAAAUGACAUGAACGGAGAAAAUGAUGAAGAAAAACAUGAAAUCAAUGAUAACGUGAUUACUUAAAGGCACUGUAAAUAAACGACAAAGAUGCAAUGCCAUUUAUUAUGUGAACAGCACACAUACAUGUAGGUACGUGCAAUAACGGCCAUACGCCUAUCGAGAUUAAGCUCAUAACAUUCCCAACCAGUUAUAAUAUAUUCGUAAUCACCAAACGUGCUCUCGUCGUCGCUGACAUCAACACUUCAAUCAGCAAAUUACGUAGGCGUGUUAAAUCAAUGUUUCGAAACACGAUACAUUGAUAACCAAUCAGACGUUCGAAUGUAAUACCCUCAAAAAGCCGGUAGCUUAUCCAGAUAAAAAACUCGUGUUAGUGAUGUUGGUUUUCAAUUUUUAAGAGUAUUUAAAAAUAUCAACGAGCAAGAUUGUAAUCAUUCUGCCCUGUGCUUAACCCUGCAUCGACUUUUUUUCUUCAUCUUUCUCUGGCACUGGCGUUGGUUGUUUGUUGAGAGCAGGUGUCCAAAAUAUUCACAUGAGCCAUGCUUAUGACACUAUAAAACAUUGUGAAGAUGCUCAACAAAAUAUUCAGGUGUAGUCCUCAUUACAAUAAUAUUUUUUAUUGAUAUUUUGAAAGGCUUGUCAAUCAAGAAGUUCAUCACAUUGUAAAUAAUCACAAUAAAUUUUACGUACUUUCA